UAAAACGCUGCCGGUUACCAGCUGCUCAUACUGUGCAAGGAUGGCAAUGGUAAAGGGACUCCUCUUCAGACAGCUGUUUGAGUCUGAGAGCUCCACAUAUACCUACCUGCUGGCAGACGCAGACACCAAGGAGGCUGUCAUCAUUGAUCCUGUGCUGGAGACCAUUGACAGGGACCUGAAAUUCGUAAGCGAACUUGGACUCAAACUGACAGUGGCAGUUAACACCCACUGCCAUGCAGACCACAUAACAAGCACAGGACCAAUGAAGAAAAGAGUACCUGGACUGAAGAGUGCCAUUUCCAAACUUAGUGGUGCAUCUGCUGAUAUCCACUUAACAGAGGGAGACAAGAUCCCCUUUGGAAGACACUGCCUGAUUGUGAGAGAGACACCAGGACACACUGAUGGGUGUAUAACGCUGGUAACUGGGGAUCAGACUAUGGCUUUCACUGGUGAUGCUCUCCUCAUUAGAGGCUGUGGCAGGACAGACUUCCAGCAGGGUUGUGCCAAAAGGCUUUACAAGUCAGUCCAUGAGAAGAUCUUCACCCUGCCUGAUGAGUGCCUCCUCUACCCAGCACAUGACUACUUAGGUCGGAUGGCUUCGUCAGUCGGCGAGGAGCGCAAGUUUAAUCCACGCCUAACAAAGACCAUGGAGGAGUUUGCAGAUAUCAUGAACAACCUGAACCUGCCCAAUCCCAAAAAAAUGGCAACUGCAGUGCCUGCUAAUCUGGUUUGUGGACUGCAAGACUAAAUGUGUAGACUGAAUGUGCUCCACAAGAGGAUAAU